AUGUCCUCCUCCACCGACGCCGCCAGCUUCCCACCACCCGCGCUACGCAGUGCCGCCGAAGAAGUAGCAUCGCUGCUGCGCGCACGCAACGAGACCAUCAGCGUGGCUGAAACCGCCGCGGGGGGACUCGUGUCCGCCGCCCUGCUGGCCUGUCCCGGAGCAUCGCGCAUCUACCGCGGAGGGCUCACGCUGUAUACGUUGGACUCACGCGUGGCGUUUGCUGGCUGGACCAAGGCCGACAUCGAGGGCUAUGAUGGGCCAACGCCGAAACUCGUCGCUGGGCUGGCGAGGAGUGUUCGGGCGACGUUAGGGAGUACAUGGGCGGUCGGUGAGAGUGGUACGGCUGGUCCGACUGCAAGUGGGAAGACGCCCAAUAGACAACCGGGCUACGUUGCACUGGCAGUGGUCGGGGAGAAAGGAGAAUUGAGCAGGGACUUCGAAACGGGCCUGGGCGCUGAUCGCAAUGCAAACAUGGUGGCAUUUGCCGUUGAGGCGUUGUACCUCGUCAAGGAGUUUAUCAAUGCGGGUGAGGAUGAGGCUAAUAAGGGUGAUGGCCAUGGCGACCAGGGUGCCGACAGUAAAAUCUGA